AUGUAUGUAUCUAUUUACCACAAUCUCUUCAUAUCUAUCUAUCUAUCUAUCUAUCUAUCUAUCUAUCUAUCUAUCUAUCUAUCUAAGUCUGUUAAUAUCUAUCAUAUUAUCUAUCCCAGUCUGCUAAUAUCUAUCUAUCUAUCUAUCUAUCUAUCUAUCUAUCUAUCUAUCUAUCUAUCUAUCUAUCUAUCUAUCACAUUCUCUUCAUAUCUUGUAUGUAUGUAUGUUUGUAUGUAUGUAAGUAUGCAUGUAUCUAUUUACCACAAUCUUUUCUAUCUAUCUAUCUAUCUAUCUAUCUAUCUAUCUCUUCAUAUUUCUCUAUCACAUUCUCUUCAUAAUGUAUGGAUGUAUGUAUAUUUGUACGUAUGUAUGUAUUUACCACAAUCUCUUCAUAUCUAUCUAUCUAUCUAUCUAUCUAUCUAUCUAUCUAUCUAUCUAUCUAUCUAUCUAUCUCAUUCUGUUCAUAUCUAUCUAUCUAUCUAUCUAUCUAUCUAUCUAUCUAUCUAUCUAUCUAUCUCAUUCUGUUCAUAUCUAUCUAUCUAUCUAUCUAUCAGUAUUUUUGUAAGUAUCUAUCUAUUUAUCUAUCUCUUGACCUCCUCCACAACUUGUCCUACUCCACUCCUUGUCAUCCUCCACCUCUUGAUCUUCUCCAACCCUUCUCCUUCUCCAUCUCUUAUUCUCCUCCGCCAUUUGUCCUCCUCCACUCCUUGUCCUUCGCCACAACUUACCCCUCCACCUAUUGACUACUUCACCCCUUGUCCUUCUCCACCCCUUGUCCUUCUCCACCCCUUGUUCGCCGCCACCCCUUGUCUUUUUCUACCCCUUAUCCUCCUCCAUCCCUUGCCUCCACCCCUUGUUCUCCUUUAUCUCUUGAUCUCCUCCACCGCUUUUUCUCCUCACUCCUUGUACUCCUCCACAAUUUGUGACCUCUACACUUUGUUCCUCCACCUCUUGAUCUUCACCCCUUGUUCUCCUCCAACUCUUGACUUUCUCCACGCCUUAAUUUCCUCCACCCCUUGUUCUUCUCCACCCCAUGUCCCUCUCCACCACUUAUCAGACUCCACCCCUUAUCCUCCUUCACCUCUUGAUUUUCUUCAACCCUUGUCCUUCUCCACCCCUUGA